AUGGCGACCACUCCGCUCGCGACUGCCUCUCCCUAUCCAUUCCCCUCUCUGCUCUCCAAAACCCUAAACCCCACCUCCACCUUCAAGCUCUCUCCUGCUCACUCCCUCUCACUCUCCCUCCUCACCACCCCAGCGCCCCUCCUCCUCCCCCACAGGCAGGGCCGGCGGCAGCGUGACAUCUCGGCGGCGUACGGUGACGGCGACAUGGACGACGACUUCGGCGAUGCGGGCGACUUUGACCUCGACGGAGACGACGGUGUGGGGGACGACGACGACCUCGACAACGAGCAGGACUACGACGUCGACUACGACCGCCUCCUCGCCCCCGUCAAGCCUCGGCCGCAGCUCUCCGGGGUUGGCAGCCGAGGCGAGGAAGGGGAGGGGGACAUCGCCAUGGUCGCGGCUGAGAGCUUCGUGUCCACUGGGGCGUCCGCCUCCGACACCGUCGUCGACUACACCGUCGACGAAGAUGAGUUCCACAAGAUUCGCCUGCUUCACUGCGACUUCUUCAUCCGCAAGGUGCCCGACCCUGACCAAGACGUCUACGACUUCCGAGAGAUGUAUGUCACACCGCCUGACACCGACAUCUACUCCAUUCCAAGGGUUCUUGCCCCGAUGCCACAAAAGGUGCACAUAUCUUGCUAUUUCUUAUUUUUGGUGCAUGUAAAAUGCAUUAGGUUAUUAAUUGUUGAUUUUCUCUUUGAAAUUCAGUAUGUGAGGUGCGCGAAGAAAAACUUUGGCCGCUACCAUGUAAGUGAGCCACCGGUUGAGCAUCUGCGUGAUCCCCUGUACAAGACAGAGAGGGAGAUUAUGAAGGUUUUCUUAACAAAACACUACAGAAACAGGCGGUUCAGCGAUACAGAUUUUUUCCUUGAUUUUGAGGAGAUUUAUGUCAUUGACUCAAAAACAAGGUCAAUCACAAGAGCGAAAGUAGUGGUGAACGUCCCUGAAGGAAAAAAGAGAGAUAGGAGAAAUGACCUGCUACUCAUACGGGAUGGAGGCGAGUCUUUCAGAAUAACUGACAAGUCGCAAAGAGACGACGCCACCACUAUCAUCCAGAGAGAAGAGUGGACGAAAUCGAGACAGGAUGUGGAGAAGCAUUUCCGGAAGCUCAGAGAUUUUGACUACUCGAAUUGGUUCUGA